AUGAAAUGUGAUUUUUGUGAAGAGACUACACCCUUAAUUGGUAAUGAUGCAUAUGCUAUAAAGGUAGAAAUCAUGCGUCAUUCUUUGUUCUUGAAAUACUCGCAAUCUUAGAAUUACCAUUACACAAAGGGCAUUACGGAGAUCUUACACAAUUACCGUACAGCAAACAACAUACUUUACAAGGACGUGAUCAUGUAUGACACACCCGAAGAAUUGCUCUGUAAAAUCUAUAAAAGUGACAUGAUGUAUGAAAAAUUGCAAAUGUUGGGUGAGUACUACAAAUUCCAUAAUGAUAUCCCUCGUUUAUUCAUGCUUCCAGCCAUAAUCCCGUUGAAUUACUACCAUGACAAGAAGAGGAGAUUGGAGUACUUUCGCAUUGCCAAGUUGAUAGCUCAGGAGAACAAGAACAAUCCAGACAAGCCUCCAAAGGGAAUAGUGGGAGAUUCGCCAAUGCCCUAAUCCAGCCAAUAGGUGACUGCUCAAGAUCCAAGCUCCUCUGACGAAUUGAUGUCUAAAUGUGAGAAGAUCCUUGAAGGUAUCAGCAUCAUCGAGCCCAAACCGCCAUUCGUGAACUUCAAGUAAUAGCUGCAGCAAUAUAAACUUAUGCAAUCUACCAAUCCCAACUUCAAAUACGAAAACUACAAACCUCCUCCUAAAGAAUAAUAGAAUUUACAAAAGAAACCAGUUAUACAGCAUCGCAAAUCAAACAUCUAUUCCUAAAGGGAGUUGCAAAAAAGAAAAAUCAGUCCUUAAAAUCUGAUUAAUUGCAUAUUACUCCUCGUGAAGUUGACUUCAAAUCUCCAAAUAAUCGUACCUUGUUACCCAAAUCAAUAAAGAAUUGCUACUCUUCUCAAAUCACCUAAGUGUGUUACACCCAGGGCUCCUUAAUAAAGUCCACAUCUUCCAAAAAAAGUGUAAUAAUUAGAAUUAAAAGUCAUGUCUGAUUUGCAGACACUUUUAGCCAAAAAAUAAAUUAGGGAUUCGAAACAGUGUUGCACUGUGCAUUUUGAUAGUCUAUCUCUUGCGUAGGAUCCUAGGAGUCUUACAUAGAGAUAUGAAAUAACAAAUCGUCUUAAGGGGUAAUCAUCUAGGAAGAAGUUGAACAUCAAAGAAAUGAAUUAGUUUAGAAGAGUUAAAAUUCAAGAGCCACUCUCUAAUCGAGAACCAAACAGAAAAAUCAACGUGAAAUCAAAAUCGAAUGAUAAACCAUUAUAAAUUAAUACGAGUGGAGAUUAGAAACUUGUAUAUUAUUAAUAAACUCAUUCUGCGAGAUAAGUGACUAAUUCAUAAUAAUCAACGAUGCUUAAAUAGAGCAGCGGGUAAUCAUCUUCCUAGCAAAUGCAUCAUCAAAAAUCAGCAACGGCAAAGGCUAUUGGGAAAUCCAUGAAGUAGACGAGCACUUUCGAUUCUCAACUGUAUAAGGUAGCACUUAAUUUGGCAGUCAAAUCAGUUAGGAGCAGGAAAUAAUGA